AUGGCCGGGGUCACCGUAGCCGAGGGGAUCGGAGCUGCGACAGUUGGAUUUGUCGGAGCUGCAACAGGCGGAAAUUGUAUCAGAGACGGGUUUCAAGAGGGGAGACGAGAGGAGUUUUCAGGCGGACGAGUCUGGGUUCGAUGUGGGAGGUUAUCUUUCUUGGCCAUGACGGUUACACGGCGGCGGAGGCCAGGGACACACGCCGGUGUUUGGGAUUUAGGGAAGAUGCGUUUUUGUCGGCAAGAGAGAGAAAUGCGUUUUUGUUCUGUUUCUUUGUCUACUAAUCAAUAG